AACAAGUGAGGAAAGACUUUAGUUAUGUCAACAGGACAAUUUAGUUUCGACCGCCGUUUUUUCAAAAGGGAUGGAAUUUAAUACGAAACAUAAAAAAUUAACAAAAGCCAAAAAUUCUGUACGUACGCCUUCAAUUGCGAGAUCACGUUUAAACAAAAAGAAAAUUAUCACGAGACAAAGAAAAUGUGCGUGUCUUCCUGAAAAUUAUUCUGUGGUAGAAUUCCCAGCAAUUUGGAAUGAACUACGACAAAACGGUCAGCUCUGUGAUGGAACGAUAAUGUGUAGGGAUUUGAAAGCAAUAGGUGUUCAUCGCGCCAUACUAUCAGCAGUUAGCCCAUAUUUUAAAGCUAUAUUUAUAAACUCUUUAAACAAAGGUGAACCUGAGGAAACUAAAAUAUUUGUAGAUGUUCCUAGUUUCUAUAUGAAUCUAAUACUGGAUUACGCUUAUACUGGAACUUGUAAGGUUACAGCAGAGAAUGUUGAGUAUCUUCUGCCAUACGCAGACAAAUUCGAUGUUGUGGGAGUUAUCCAACUUUGUUGCCAGUACUUACUGCAAGAAUUAAAACCUCAUAAUUGCCUAGGAAUAUUUAAAUUUGCUCGAUAUUAUUUUUGCGGUGAAUUAGAAAAGAAGGGGAAAAUGUUUAUAAGACAGCACUUUAAUAAGAUACUAAAGGAAUGUAAUGAAUUUAAAUCGCUUACUUUCGAAGAAUUGGAAGACAUUUUACGAGAUGACGAACUGAACGUUAAAAAUGAAGAAAUUGUUUUUCAAGCUUUAAAGACUUGGGUCGAACAUGACUUAGAAAACAGGAGAAAGUACAUUCCGUCAUUGCUUUCAUGCGUUAGAUUUGGUCACAUAAGUUUUAAAUAUUUCAAAUCAAAAAUAUUACAAUGGCAGCCAGUGGUUGAUGAUGUGAAAUGCCAAGAAGCGUUAUACCCAGCAGUGGUGUUUUUAACAUUACUAGAUUCAAGACCUGGUAUGGAAGCAGAUUUAAACGAUCCACUGGCGCGACCUAGAAUUCCUUUUGAAAUACUUUUUGCUGUUGGAGGAUGGAGUGCUGGUAGUCCUACGAGCUUUGUUGAAACAUACGAUACAAGAGCUGACCGCUGGUUUCUUUCAAUUCACAUGGACCUUACUCCACGUGCUUAUCACGGCCUCUGCACACUGAACAAUCUGAUUUAUAUGAUCGGAGGUUUUGAUGGUAGUGACCAUUUUAAUACGGUACGUUGUUACGACCCUGUCACUAAUACGUGGCACGAACGCGCCUGUAUGUAUCAAGCCAGAUGCUACGUCAGCGUUGUCGUGCACGACGGUAUGAUAUACGCACUUGGAGGAUAUAAUGGACGUACUCGUAUGGCUUCAGUAGAACGGUACUAUCCUGACAGAAAUCAAUGGGAGAUGACCACUCCAAUGAAUAAACAGCGCUCAGACGCUAGCGCGGCAUCACUAGGUGGCAAGAUUUAUAUAGUGGGCGGUUUUAAUGGACAAGAAGUAUUGAGUUCUGCAGAAGUCUUUGACCCAGAGACGCGUCAAUGGAGUUUCAUCAGGUCGAUGCUCAGUCCUCGCUCGGGAGUUAGUCUCAUCGCCUACAGGGAAUGCUUAUUCGCGCUAGGUGGCUUCAAUGGAUACAGUCGUCUUAAUACUGGUGAGAAAUUUAAUCCACAACGCGGCGGCGAAUGGCAGGAAGUAACGGAAAUGUUUAGUGCAAGAAGUAAUUUCGCCACGGUUCUGUUGGACGAUAUGAUUUUUGUCAUCGGAGGAUUUAAUGGGUCCACAACAAUUCCUCUCGUGGAAUGCUACGAUGGAGAUACUCUAGAGUGGUACGACGCCGCUCCAAUGAACUUGAAUCGUUCAGCGCUCAGUGCUUGUGUUCUUGCCGGUUUACCGAACGCGCGUUCCUUCUCUUAUUUGGCGAAAGCUGUGCCUGCCGCUGGUGCUGAUCAAGCUCCUCAAUCCUAACAAUUACGAAGUCAUUUAAUACCAACAAUUUAAAAUUUACCUUUGAUGGUGUUGAAGUGGUGCAAUCGAAAUGCAAUAAUUUUUGGAUUAAUUAUGAAAAUCAUCAACUGUAUUAGUGACUUUUUUGUAAUUAUGCGAUUGUUUCAAAUAUCUGUGAUAUUUUAAUUGUAUAUAGGACUUUCUGUAAAUCUUUUAUCGAAUCUUAAAUCAUGGUGCAUCCUUAUUUUAUUAUGAAAAUGCUAAUCGUUUAUACUUUUUUUUUGUUUUGAAUACGUGCGUCUUUGUAAAAUAAAUGUAUCUAAUUGUUCGGUAAAUUUGUGAGAUAGUUUUUCUGUGAUAAAAUUGAAAUUUAAAGGUUAUUUUUGAAACUUAUUUUUAUACUUGACAAUGUUAAAAUCAUGCAGCAGAUCGGCGCAGUGUGAGGAGAAAUCUGUGAUAUUUUUUAUUUGUUUUUAAAAUGGUAAAAACAUGAUAAAUGAAAUUUUUGUAAACCGAGAAAUAUAAAUAUGAAAUAAAGAAAAA